UGCUGUGCUCCUCCUCUCCCCCGCAGACACAGGUGGUCCCAGGCUACAUUGACGCUGAUGCUGCGCCACGUGCUGUGCGUGUUGGCCCUCGCGCUCUGCUGCUGCGCGUCUGUGUGCGUGGCUGCUGCUGGUUCACCUAAGGCCCCAGUUGAUUUCCCUCUUGUGAGUGGCGGAGGGAGGAUAACGCUGACGGAGACAGUUGAUGUCAGCAGCUGCACAGCGAUAACGGGCCAGACAGGAAACUCCAAAGAUCGUACAAUUUCCACAGCGGUUACUUUGAAGAAGGGUGACCCAGAAGAAACAAAAGUAAUUAAGAAUGAGCCCCCUACGAUUGUCAAAGUUCCCCUUGAGCACGGCUUAAUGCUGGAGACAUCUUUGAUUGUUGAGUGUACCAAAAAAAAUGGAGAUGGUGCCGGCAUCACGAAAACAAACUGCACUGCGGAAGAUUCAGCGACGGCUUCCGGCAGUAUCACCUAUGAGGCCACUGCUGCCGACUCCACGGCGGGCGAGAUUACAACAACGAAGCAGCACGAAGUCAAGGUACCAGUGGGGUUUGACGUGAGUAUUAUGGAGAACGUUGUGGUUAAAUGCAUUCCCUUAACAGUGGCUGGAUUGACCCCCACAUAUGCAGGGGCCGGGACCCCCGGUGGAGGUCAAGAAGGAUUGACUAAAGUCAACGGUCUUAAAGAUGUCUCUACCCAAGGUCAGUCUUCGAUUAAGGACGAUACCGUCAAAGGAGAGACAGAUCGACUUGCAUCACAGGCAAACGACUUACAUCGACCACCGGGUUCUGCAUCGCAUGAUUCCAUAGCCAACAGUGAAAACAUAAAUGAUGAACGCGCCAGUGAAGAAAAGGACAGUAGUGUCAGCACCGAAGUCACUCCUCCAACUUCCAGCGAGGCAGAGAGCACAGAAACGGACAACUCCGUCACAGUGA